AUCAAACAAGAACAAAAAGAGGCGCGAGAAAAGAUUCGGCUCGCCAAAGAGGCGGAAAAACAAGCGGUGAUCGACAAGAGAGACAGGGAGCGCGCUGAAAAGGACGCGGAAAAGGCUAAGAUAGACGCUGAAAAAGAAGCAAUCCGAUUGGCCAAGCAGAAAGAAGAAGACAAGGCUAUUGCCAAAAAGCGAAAGCAG